AUGGCAUCUCCUGAAGCUGCAAGAUCUGAGAGCUCCCAAACAGUGGUGAGUAUUCAAGAGCUUGCAAAAAAAUCCAUAACCUCACUUCCCCAAUUUUCCUAUAUGGUUCGAGACAAUGACGAACGUGGUGCCAUAAAUGAAACCCUUUCUCCUGAAAUUCCAACUAUUGACUUUGAAAAAUUGAUUCAUGGAGACUCUACACAACUUGAACAAGAGAAAUUGCACUCAGCUUGCAGAGAUUGGGGUUUCUUCCAGCUGGUGAACCAUGGAAUGAGUCCACUAGUAAUGAAAAAGGUUAAAGAUGAGAUAGAAGAAUUCUUCAGGCUUCCCUCAGAAGAAUUGAUGAAGUACAAACACAGGCCAGGUGAAGUUGAAGGCUAUGGAGCUGUAAUCAGAUCAAAUAAAAAGCUUGAUUGGGGUGAUAAAUUAUAUAUGAUAACCAACCCUGUUCAUAGGCGAAGACCACAUCUCUUUCCAGAGUUUCCUUCAUCACUCAGGACUAUCCUUGAAUCAUACAUAAUUGAAAUGCAAAAUCUGGCCAUAACACUUGUGGGGUAUCUGGGAAAGGCCAUGAUGAUAGAAAAGAGAGAGAUGGAAGAGAUGUUUGAGGAUGGGCAGCAAGCUAUAAGAAUGACAUACUAUCCUCCAUGUCCACAACCUGAGCUUGUUAUGGGGAUAAGUGCUCAUUCAGAUGCAUGUGGAUUCACCAUCCUUAACCAACUGAAUGGAGUGGAUGCCCUUCAGAUUAAGAAAGAUGGGAUUUGGAUUCCAGUUCAUGUCAUGCCAGAUGCUCUUCUUGUCAACAUCGGGGAUGUUCUAGAGAUGAUGAGCAAUGGAAUAUACAAAAGUGUUGAUCAUAGGGCAGUGGUGAGUUCAGACAAGGAAAGGUUAUCACUGGGAAUGUUCUUUAAUCCAAAGUAUGAAGCUGAGAUUGGACCUGCAGUGAAUCUCAUAAGCCCUGAAAAUCCUGCACUAUACAAAAGGAUCGGAUUGGAGAAAUAUCUAAGUGAUUACUUCUCUCGUAAUAUGAUUGAUGGAAAGUCCUACUUAGAGAAUAUGAAGAUCACAAAUGAAAAUCCUGUCAACGCUACUCUUAAGCACCAGUAA